GCGCUACAAUGGUGGGUUUGAGUCCCCAGAUUCCCCCGAUGCUGGCUCCAGGCAAUACAACCCACGUGUCGCUGCCGUUGCCUCUCCCGGUAGAUUCGACGGGCGAUACAUCGUGGAUGAAUCAAAUUCAUCAGGGACCGACGGGUAUCUUCAGGGAUAUGAGAACAAGUCGAGGGUAAAACGAGGAAGAGCCCUGGUCGUAUUGUGUCUCAUUGCUGUGGUCUGUUUCCUCAUCUUGGCUGGCGUGGUCGGACUGAUCGUUGGAAUACUUCUGACCUCAGACGAUACCUCUGUGGAUGUGACUGCGGGGCCAUCACAGACAUCUCCCAUAACAACAAUGACAACAGGUGUUCAACCGAGCGACAGUGACGUUACCUUCAAUCUAGAGGUAACACUAAAUGAUAAGGAGUUCACGGAGGCGCUCAGAGAUACAUCGUCAACGGAAUAUAUGGAAGCAGUCAACGAAAUAACAGGAGCUAUCAAUGCUCAGUAUGCCAACGAUCCGAACUAUGUUGGUGUUGAGGUUCUUGAUAUUCGACAAGGCAGUUGGCGAGUAUUCCUUAGGAUAUUUUUCAGACUUUUGACUGGAGGUCCUGAUGAGCUGGUGAAUGUACUUGAUAGAAUAAUUGAGAGAAUAACCCAAUCCGCUAAUACGAUUUCAAACGACAAUUCACCGGUAACAUUUACUUCAGGUGUCUGUGAUAACGACCCUUGUCAGAACGGAGGUACCUGCACUGAUACGGAAAACAAUUCUAAUUUCACGUGUUCCUGCGCCGUCGGAUUCACAGGCAGAACCUGUUCAAACAUUGAUGACUGCGCAGGAGGGCCUUGUGCUAAUGAUGGAACCUGUCAGGACGGUUUAAAUGGUUUCACUUGUACCUGUCCAUCUGGAUGGGAAGGCAAUCUAUGUGAUACAGAUGCGAAUGAAUGUCAGAACAACCCAUGUGGUAGCCAAGGAACAUGUGUCAACACUGAAGGAUCCUUCACCUGCAACUGUAUCUCUGGUUACGAAGGUCCCGUAUGUGAUGCCGAUGUUGAUGAAUGUGCCAUUGAUCCUUGUCAGAACGGGGGAACCUGCCAGAAUGUUGAAGGCUCCUACACAUGCCAUUGCAUUACAGGAUGGGAAGGCCAGGAUUGUGAAGCAGAUGUCAACGAAUGCGACACAAGUCCAUGCCAGAAUUCAGGUGUCUGUAUCAACAACGACGGUUCUUUUACGUGUGAUUGUAGAUUCACCGGACACACAGGACCUCUAUGUGAAAAUGACAUAGACGAAUGUGCAUCUAACAACCCUUGUCUGAAUGGAGCCACCUGUAACAACUUAGCUGGAACCUAUGAAUGCACAUGUAUUUCGGGAUAUGAGGGGACCAAUUGUGAAAACGAAAUAAACGAAUGCACAUCAAACAAUCCUUGUCUGAAUGGAGCGACUUGUACCAGUCUAAGUGGAUCCUAUGAAUGUACCUGUGCAUCAGGAUUCGAGGGAAUGAAUUGCGAAAAUGACAUAGACGAAUGCACGGCAGAUAACCCUUGCUUAAAUGGAGCGACGUGUGUGAACCAAGAGGGAACCUACGAAUGCACCUGCGUAUCAGGGUACGAAGGAAUCCAUUGCGAAGAUGACAUUGAUGAAUGUACAACUAACAACCCAUGCAUGAAUGGAGCGACUUGUGUCAAUCAAGAAGGAGGCUAUGAAUGUACCUGUAUUGAAGGAUAUGAGGGGGUAAAUUGUCAAAAUGACAUAGACGAAUGCACGGCAGAUAACCCUUGCUUAAAUGGAGCGACGUGUGUGAACCAAGAGGGAACCUACGGAUGCACCUGUGUAUCAGGGUACGAAGGAAACCAUUGUGAAAAUGACAUUGAUGAAUGUACAACUAACGACCCUUGCAUGAAUGGAGCGACUUGUGCCAAUCAAGAUGGCGGCUAUGAAUGUACCUGUAUUGAAGGAUAUGAGGGGGUAAAUUGUCAAAAUGACAUAGACGAAUGCACGGCAGAUAACCCUUGCUUAAAUGGAGCGACGUGUGUGAACCAAGAGGGAACCUACGAAUGCACCUGCGUAUCAGGGUACGAAGGAAACCAUUGCGAAAAUGACAUUGAUGAAUGUACAACUAACAACCCUUGCAUGAAUGGAGCGACUUGUGUCAAUCAAGAAGGAGGCUAUGAAUGUACCUGUAUUGAAGGAUAUGAGGGGGUAAAUUGUCAAAAUGACAUAGACGAAUGCACGGCAGAUAACCCUUGCUUAAAUGGAGCGACGUGUGUGAACCAAGAGGGAACCUACGAAUGCACCUGUGUAUCAGGGUACGAAGGAAACCAUUGUGAAGAUGACAUAGACGAAUGCACAACUGAUAACCCUUGUGUGAAUGGAGCAACUUGUACCAAUCAAAAUGGAACCUAUGAAUGCACAUGUGAAAAUGGAUACGAGGGAAGCGAUUGUGAAAAUGACAUAGACGAGUGUAUUUCUGAUAAUCCUUGUAUGAAUGGAGCGACUUGUUUCAACCAAAAUGGAACCUAUGAAUGUACUUGCACCAGAGGAUAUGACGGGAAAGACUGUGAGAAUGACAUAGACGAGUGUACCACGGAUAACCCCUGCAUGAACGGAGCAACUUGUAUCAACACAGAUGGAACUUACGAAUGCAAUUGCACAAAAGAAUACGAAGGAACUAAUUGUGAAAAUGAUAUAGACGAGUGUAUAUCCGGAGACCCUUGUAUGAAUGGAGCGACUUGUAUCAACCAAAACGGAACCUAUGAAUGUGAUUGUUCAGGAGGCUACGUUGGCAUGAAUUGUCAGUUUGAGGGAUGCACCUCCGACAGUCCUUGUGUGAACGGAGGUACUUGUAUCAACCAAACUGGAAGUUACGAAUGUCUCUGCAUUGGAUAUGAUGGGGAUAAUUGUGAAAAUGACAUAAACGAAUGCACAACCAACGACCCUUGUAUGAAUGGAGCGACUUGUAUCAACCAAAAUGGAACAUAUGAAUGUACCUGUACAGAAGGAUAUGAAGGCAUGGAUUGUGAAAAUGACAUGAACGAAUGCAUAUUGCAGAGCCCUUGUGUGAACGGAGCGACCUGUCGGAAUCAAAUCGGGACCUAUGAAUGCACUUGCACCACAGGGUUUAAUGGAUCUAAUUGUGAAAACGACAUAGACGAGUGUGCCACAGCCAAUCCGUGCAUGAAUGGAGCUACUUGUAACAACCAAAAUGGAACCUAUGAAUGCACCUGCAUGAAUGGAUAUGCUGGGAAAAAGUGUGAAAACGACAUAAACGAAUGCACAUCGCAAAACCCUUGUGUGAACGGAGCGACCUGUCGGAAUCAAAUCGGGACCUAUGAAUGCACUUGCACCACAGGGUUUAAUGGAACUAAUUGUGAAAACGAUAUUGACGAAUGUUCUAUUGAUAACCCUUGUGAGAAUGGAGCGACUUGUAUCAACAAAAAUGGAACCUAUGUAUGUGUUUGCGAUGAAGGAUAUGAAGGAACCCAUUGUGAAAAUGACAUAGACGAAUGCACAUCGCAAAACCCUUGUGUGAACGGAGCGACCUGUCUGAAUCAAAACGGUACCUAUGAAUGCACUUGCACCACAGGGUUUAAUGGAACUAAUUGUGAAAACGAUAUUGACGAAUGUUCCAUUGAUAACCCUUGUGAGAAUGGAGCGACUUGUAUCAACAAAAAUGGAACCUAUGUAUGUGUUUGCGAUGAAGGAUAUGAAGGAACCCAUUGUGAAAAUGACAUAGACGAAUGCACAUCGCAAAACCCUUGUGUGAACGGAGCGACCUGUCUGAAUCAAAACGGUACCUAUGAAUGCACUUGCACCACAGGGUUUAAUGGAACUAAUUGUGAAAACGAUAUAGAUGAAUGUUCCAUUGAUAACCCUUGUAUGAAUGGAGCGACUUGUAUCAACAAAAAUGGAACCUAUGAAUGUGUUUGCGAUGAAGGACAUGAAGGAACCCAUUGUGAAAAUGAAACUGAGACUAUGGCUUCUGUAAAUCUACAGAUUUCCCUCAAUGACAGGAACUUCUCAGAGGCGCUCAGAGACAACACGUCAAUGGAGUUUAUGGAAGCUCAGUACAAUAUCUCUUCAGCUAUUGCUCUUCAUUACGCCAACGAUUCGAAUUUUGCAGGUGUCGAGAUCCUAGAGAUUCGGCCGGGAAGCUGGGAUGUUCGAUUCAGGAUCCUCUACAUUAUAAGAAUUGUGCGGUUUCUUUUAGAGUUAUUUGAAUUAUUAAACACCGUUCAGAAUGAAGUUGACGAAGCCGUAUCUACGAUUUCGACCGACUCUUCAUCUACACAACUGACAUCAGGUUAUUGCAUAAAUGAACCGUGCAAGAAUGGAGCUAAUUGCACUGACACUGACGACUUCUUGAACUUCACUUGUUCCUGCGUCGCUGGAUUCACAGGAACAACUUGUUCAAUAAAUAUCGAUGACUGCGAAGGACAGACUUGUGCUAAUGGAGGCACCUGUGAGGACCGUAUAGACACUUUUACCUGCGCCUGUCUCUCUGGAUGGGAUGGGGAACUGUGUGAAACAGAUAUAGAUGAAUGCAUGUCUGAGAGCCCUUGUUUAAAUGGAGCGACCUGUAUCAACCAAAAUGGAACCUAUGAAUGUACCUGUACAGAAGGAUAUGAAGGAAAGGAUUGUGAAAAUGACAUAAACGAGUGUAGUACUGCUAAUCCCUGCAUGAAUGGAGCGACUUGUAUUAAUCAAGAUGGAAUCUAUGAAUGCAAUUGCACAAACGGAUAUGAAGGAACUAAUUGUGAAAACGAUAUAGAUGAAUGCAUGCCUGUUAGCCCUUGCAUGAAUGGAGCGACCUGCAUCAACCAAAAUGGAACCUAUGAAUGUACCUGUACAGAAGGUUAUGAAGGAAUGGAUUGUGAAAUUGACAUAGACGAGUGUAUCUCUGAUAAUCCCUGCAUGAAUGGAGCGACUUGUAUCAACCAAGAUGGAACCUUUGACUGUAAUUGCACAAAAGGAUAUGAGGGAACUAAUUGCGAAAACGAUAUAGAUGAAUGCAUGCCUGUUAGCCCUUGCAUGAAUGGAGCGACCUGCAUCAACCAAAAUGGAACCUAUGAAUGUACCUGUACAGAAGGUUAUGAAGGAAUGGAUUGUGAAAUUGACAUAGACGAGUGUAUCUCUGAUAAUCCCUGCAUGAAUGGAGCGACUUGUAUCAACCAAGAUGGAACCUUUGACUGUAAUUGCACAAAAGGAUAUGAGGGAACUAAUUGCGAAAACGACAUAGACGAGUGUAUCACUGAUAAUCCCUGCAUGAAUGGAGCGACUUGUAUCAACCAAGAUGGAUCCUUUGACUGCAAUUGCACAAAAGGAUAUGAAGGAACUAAUUGCGAAAACGAUAUAGAUGAAUGCAUGCCUGAGAGCCCUUGUUUAAAUGGAGCGACUUGUAUCAACCAAAAUGGAACCUAUGAAUGUACCUGUACAGAAGGAUAUGAAGGCAUGGAUUGUGAAAAUGAUACUGAUGAAUGCGAGACGGAUAACCCGUGUCUGAAUGGAGCAACUUGUAUUAACCAACAGGGAACCUAUGAAUGCGACUGUCCACCGGGAUUUGUUGGAAUGAAUUGUAAACAUGAGGGAUGCACUUCAGAUAAUCCCUGCAUGAAUGGAGCAACUUGUGUGAACCAAAAUACUACCUAUAAAUGCAUCUGUGCAGAUGGAUACGAGGGGAAAAAGUGUGAGAAUGAAACUAAUGAAUGUGAGACGGAUAACCCUUGUAUGAAUGGAGCGACUUGUAUCAACCAAAAUGGAACCUAUGAAUGCGAUUGUCCCGCAGGAUUCCUUGGAAUACACUGUGAACACGACCAAGUAGAAUGCGGCUAUCGACCAGCAAGCCCUUCUACCAGCCCGAGAAUCAUCGGUGGAACGUAUACCCAAUGGGGGGAUUGGCCGUGGAUGAUUUCUCUACGGGACAGCGAUAAUAAUCAUCGAUGUGCAGCCGUGGUCGUUAGCAGAGAAGUCGCUGUCACAGCAGCCCACUGUGUGGAUAAAUUUGAAACUGCUGUACUUGGUGACUUGAAGCUGUCAAUCCCUUCUGAGUAUCACUUGGAAGUUGAGGUGCAGACUAUCAUCCAUCCAGAAUAUGACGGCGAGCUAAUUACUAAUGACAUUGCUCUGAUUUUCUUUGAUGAUCCCCUUGAAUUUGACAACAAUUACACAAGACCAAUAUGUUUAUCUGAGAAAGAAGAUCCAUCGAACUACACAAAGUGUUAUGUGUCUGGUUGGGGGCUAACAAGCGAAGGACACAUAUCAGACACCAUGCAAGAGGCUGAAGUCGAACUGUUUAGUCAGGAGGAGUGUGAAAGCUUCUACCAAGAUAGAAAUAUCACUUCUGGUAUGAUCUGUGCUGGUCGUGUCUCAGGGGACAUGGAUACAUGUCAGGGGGAUACAGGGGGCCCUCUACAGUGUGAAGAUGAAACUGGUCGGAUGUAUCUGGUAGGGAUCACCAGCUUUGGAUACGGCUGUGGAAAGGAAAACUAUCCUGGGGUAUACACCCGAGCGUUUGAAUACUUGGACUUCAUCGAAAACGGAGAACCAGAGGAAAUGGGAGGAGAUGUUACUUCAAUCGUUCUAAAGCUUUGGGACUCCGUGGAGAUUGGAGGAAUCCUAUUCAAUGAACCUGAAAAGACGUGGUACGUAACAACCUCUGAUGCACCUACCUUGAACAUCACCUUUGAGUCCGUCAAUCUGGAGAGGGUAUUUGAUCGACUGAUCAUCGGCCUUGGUGAGGACGCCUCUGAUGAGUCUACAAUCAUUGCCGAUUGGGAUACAUCCAUUGCUCAUUUCUACCACAUCCAGGGACAGAGUAUCUGGUUGAAGUAUUCAUCUGAUGCAGUGCCAGUCUAUGAAGAAAAUGGUUUCAGGGCUACUGUUGAGGCAGCUUCAAUGCUAGCUUCAGUUGCGUGUAUAAAUGGACCGUGUGGUGAUUCAAAUAUUUGUGAUGAAUUUGACUCUGGUUACUCAUGCACCUGCUUGGAAGAAAGGCCUUUCACUGACUGCCACGGUAAGAAUAUUAACUAA